CCGUCACUGUGGGGUCCGCGCUGCGCUGCGCUGGGAAAUACUACAGCUUCACUCACCGUGGAUUUACGCAGCGGGGACGCAUGGCACAGCCGCGCUCACGCCACCGGGCGACGACUUUACUGAGUUGGUGCCACUUGUGAAGGCGCGCGCGGGUCGAGUUCGGGGUCUUUAUGGUGCGGGGUGACUGAGGGGAACCUCUCCAAGCUGUGCGCACUGAGAUGGGGCGCAGAGCCGCGACGGGCUGCUGCCUGCUGGCCGCGCUCUGCCUCCUCCGCGGCUGCUGGAGCGACAUCACGGUGGCGGUGAUGCUGCCGGACAACUACAGCAUGUACGCGUGGGCUCUGCCGCGCGUGCUGCCGGCCAUCCUCAUGGCGAAGGAGGAUCUGCACGGGAAGCACAACCUGCUGCUCGGCCACGACAUCAACAUCCUGAACUACAGCACGCAGGACCCCGCCGCGGGCUCGUGCGCAGAGAGCCGCGCGCAGGUGCUGGCCGUGGACGCGAAGCUCUACGUGCGCCCGGACGUCUUCUUCGGACCCGGAUGCGUGUACCCGCUGGCCUCCGUGGCGCGGUUCGCGUCCCACUGGAAGCUGCCGCUGAUCACCGCGGGCGGCCCCGCGUACGGGUUCGACGCGCGGGAGGAGUACCGGACCAUCGUGCGCAGCGGGCCUACCACCACCAAGAUCGGGGACUUCAUCAACGCGCUGCACACGCAGUUCAACUGGACGACGCGCGCCGUGGUGAUCUUCUACGACCAGCGGCAGGACGACCGGCCGCACUACUUCCUGUCCGAGGGGAUCUACCUGAACCUGAAGCAUGAGAUCAACGUGACGGUGGAGGCGCGGCCGUACCAGAAGGAGCAGGACCACAAGGAGCUGGUCGGCUUCAUGAAGGAGAGCGGCCGGAUUAUCUACAUCUGCGGGCCGCUGGAGUCCUUCAUGAGCAUCAUGAAGCUGUUCCAGGAAGACACUCCAGAAGGAGAAGACAUCCAGACAGAACUACGCCAUCGUCUGGACGACUUCGGACCCGACCGCAAGCCGUGGCAGAAGGCGAACUUUGACUGGGCCAAUGCCGUCAAGGUCUUCAAGUCCGUUUUCAUCAUCACGUACCACAACCCAGAGAAUCCAGAAUACCUGGACUUCCAGAGGAGGCUCCAUGCCAGAGCUCAGAGGGAUUUUGGUGUUCAUUUGGAGCCAUCAUUAAUGGACUACAUCGCUGGCAGUUUCUAUGACUUUCUGCUGUACGCCAUGGCGCUGGAGGACACGCUGGCGGAUGGCGGCGCGCAGAACGACGGCAUCAACAUCACGAUGAGGACGCAGAACCGCCGAUUCUGGGGAAUCACCGGACUCGUGACCAUAGACGACAAAAAUGCGAGAAACAUAGAUGUGGACCUUUGGUCGAUGACCAACCAGGAGACGGGAGAGUUUGGGGUCGUGGCGUACUUCAACGGAAGCAGCAAAGAAAUAAUUUGGUCGCAGACGGAGAAGAUCCACUGGCCCUGCGGUGGACCGCCGCUGGACAAUCCGCCGUGUGUGUUUUCCACAGACGACCCUUCCUGCAACGAUGGUCAGCUCCCCGUUCUGGGCAUCGUCGCUGUCGGUUCUGGAUUAGCGCUCAUCAUCUUCGGGAUCUCCAGUUUUCUCAUUUACAGGAAACUGAAGCUGGAGAAGGAGCUGGCUGGAAUGCUGUGGAGGAUUCGGUGGGAGGAUCUUCAGUUCGAAAGCCCCAAUAAAUACCACAAACGAGCCGGCAGCAGGUUGACUCUCUCACAGAGAGGAUCCAGCUACGGCUCCCUGAUAACUGCCCAUGGAAAAUAUCAGCUAUUUGCAAAAACCGUCUAUUUUAAGGGAAACCUGGUGGCCAUUAAACACGUCAACAAGAAGAGGAUAGAGCUGACCAGACAGUUAAUGGAGCUGAAACAUAUGAGAGACGUUCAGUUCAACCAUCUGACCAGGUUCAUUGGUGCCUGCAUCGACCCGCCCAACAUCUGCAUCAUCACCGAGUAUUGCCCCAGAGGAAGCCUGCAGGACAUUUUGGAGAACGAGAGCAUAAACCUGGACUGGAUGUUCCGCUACUCGCUGAUCAAUGACAUCGUGAAGGGAAUGAACUAUCUCCAAAACAGCUACUUUGGCUGCCACGGAAAUCUGAAGUCAUCUAAUUGUGUGGUGGACAGCCGAUUUGUUUUGAAAAUCACAGAUUACGGUUUGGCCAGCUUCCGCUCGUCUUGCGAGAACGACGAUUCGCAUGCCCUAUAUGCAAAGAAGCUGUGGACGGCUCCAGAGCUGCUCAUAUACGACCGGCACCCUCCGCAGGGGACCCAGAAGGGCGAUGUGUACAGUUUUGGCAUCAUACUGCAGGAAAUAGCUCUGAGGAAUGGACCUUUCUAUGUGGAAGGCAUGGACCUCAGCCCUAAAGAGAUCAUACAGAAGGUGAGAAACGGCCAGAAGCCGUACUUCCGGCCAACGACGGACAACAGAUGCCACCCGGAGGAGCUGACCAUCCUGAUGGAGGGCUGCUGGGCCGAAGACCCGACAGAGAGGCCGGACUUCGGCCACAUCAAGAUCUACAUGGCAAAACUCAACAAGGAGGGCAGCACCAGCAUCCUUAACAACCUGCUGUCCAGGAUGGAGCAAUACGCCAACAACCUGGAGAACCUGGUGGAGGAGCGGACGCAGGCCUACCUGGAGGAGAAGCGGAAAGCCGAAAACCUCCUCUACCAAAUCCUCCCACACUCGGUGGCGGAGCAGCUAAAGCGCGGCGAGACAGUUCAGGCGGAGGCCUUCGACAGCGUCACCAUCUACUUCAGCGACAUCGUCGGUUUCACCUCUCUGUCUGCGGAGAGCACGCCGCUGCAGGUUGUCACGUUGCUCAACGAUCUGUACACCUGCUUCGACGCCAUAAUCGAUAACUUUGAUGUCUACAAGGUGGAGACCAUCGGAGACGCCUACAUGGUGGUGUCGGGGCUGCCGGUCCGGAACGGGAAGCUCCACGCCAGAGAGGUGGCUAGCAUGUCGCUAGCGCUGCUGGAGCAGGUCAGAACCUUCAAGAUCCGGCACCGACCCAACGACCAGCUCCGGCUGAGGAUAGGCAUUCACACCGGUCCGGUGUGCGCUGGUGUUGUGGGGCUGAAGAUGCCGCGGUACUGCCUGUUCGGAGACACCGUCAACACGGCGUCCCGCAUGGAGUCCAACGGAGAGGCCUUAAAGAUCCACGUUUCCUCCGACAAAGAAGUGCUGGAUGAGUUUGGUUACUUUGACCUUCAGCUGCGAGGAGACGUAGAAAUGAAGGGAAAAGGUAAAAUGAGAACAUAUUGGCUUCUUGGGGAGAAGACGGAUGUGUACGUAAUCUGAGAGGCCUGCUGACGGCGGCGCGGCUACUUUAUUUGUUCUAGAAUAAGUCCUUAACUGUGAUUUCCAGCGAAAACAGACAGAAACAAGAGGGAAUCCCAGGUAUAUUUAUUACCUGCUUAACUAAAUAAAAACAAUAAAUCAGAGAGAAAAGUUGUUUUUGUAUGAAGAGGGUGCUUUUCACAGAUGAAUCCUUAUUUUUUUGUGCUUUCUAUAUUCAGAUUUGUAAUAACGUGUUUGGAAGUCGACAAUGUUUUAAGUAUUUUUGGAAAGAUUUAAAGGCACAGAGAAGCAAUCGUUGCCACUGCAGGGUUUGAUCAACCGUUUAACAC